AUGGCCCCGUACGGCAAGCCCGAGGUGCAAUUCGACCACGACUCGCCGAUCACCGCUCUCCACACCAUCGCGGAGAUCCAUAUAUUCCCUCUUUUAGUCGAGACAGGAUUGAUUGCCAUCUUCACUGUGCAGACGACCUACUUCGCCUACCACCGAUGGACUCGGAAGGAGCCGGAUGCUGCGUUCGUUUACGCGCAUCACCGAAGGAUACACGUCAACGCGUUACUCUGCUUGGCGGUAUUCAUGUAUCUUCUAGCACUGGCCUACUGGGCUCUCGACGUCGUAGUGGCGCAACAAGAGCUACUGGUGUUUUGGCCGGAGUUACUCACAGCCACAGCUGGCCCAGACCCGUACCAGUCUCUGACGAACAGGCUCGGGACAACCUGGUAUGCCCAAGCUGUGAUACAAGGCUUCAUCUGGACUGCCAGUGACGCUGUUGCUUUAUGGCGAGCGUACGUUGUGCACAGGGAAGCACGAUGGCUCGGUAUCGCCAUUCCCUUGCUCCUUUUGACAGAAUUCGGCGUCUACGCCGGAUACCUCGUCUUCUACACCCACAUACUCCCCACCCCUCCCGAGGUUGUCCGCCGCAAGUCGAUGUCAAGUAUCAUCGUUGUCGCACCGUACUUGGCCGCAGCUUCGAUCACGGUCACAGUUCAAGUCUUCGCCACAACUCUCAUCGCAUACAAAGCAUGGACCCUCUGGAAAGAACGGAAGGAUCUGUUCACUGGAUCGGGCCGGUUGGUUCGCACGCUUGCUGUGUGGAUCGAGAGCGGAAUGAUGUAUACGUUGCUCUGGAUCUGGUACAUCUUAGCGACCAACGACUCCGUGUUUAGUUGGGAAAUGACGGCAUGGACCGAGUACUACUCAAUUCCGCUCAUGGCCAUGUAUCCGUCGCUCGUGGUUAUGGUCGUGACGAUGCAGAACUCUGCUCUUACGAUGGAUAAUCUGCCUUGUAUGAAUGAGAUGUGCUCAGAUAUCGUCAUUCUAAAAAAAAAUGAAAAUCGCGUCGCGCAGAUAUUUUUCCACGGCGCGCGCGCUCUCGCUGCUGUUCGCCACGUAACUCGCUCGCUAUCGUAG